AUGUCUAAACGCUCAUUCAAGAAUUUCGUAGAACAAGGACUCGGAUCUUUCCCCAAGUUCGUCAUCUACACGGUUCUUGAAUGGAGUCUCAUCACUUUCCUCUUCAUCGACGGCCUUCUCGCCUUUCUAUCAAACCAAUUCGCAAGAUUCUUCGACCUCAACAUUCCUUGCCUUCUAUGCACAAGACUUGACCACAUUCUCGUCCCUAGAGACCCUGAGUUCUAUUACAACGACUCAAUCUGCGACUCUCACAAGAAGAAGAUCUCUUCUCUUGCUUAUUGCCAUGUCCACAAGAAACUCUCUGAGAUCAAACACAUGUGUGAAGGAUGUCUUCUCUCUUUCGCCACCGAGAAAGAAUCUGACUGUGACACGUACAAGUCUCUCAUUGGAAUCUUGCACAAAGAUCUCGAGCUUCUCAUAGACGAUGAACGAGAACUUCCCUUGGCGUUCAAGAAAGACGAUAACUUUGUUCAGACAACAACAAAUCUGGUGGAUUACAAGACUUACAACAACAACAACAACGUUAGAAACGAUAGCAUCAAACAACAUUGUUCUUGUUGCGGAGAGUUGUUGAAGAUGACAUCUGAGAAGUUGCCAAAGACCAACAAUUCUGUUCUUGCUCCUGCUCCUUCUCCUAGGGUUUCGCACAACAAAUUGUCUGAAAACGAAUCUGAGUUUAAGGAUUUUGACAUGGACAGAACACCGAGUUAUGUGAAAGGAGGUAACAAGUUCUUUGGGAUUCCUCUGUCUGACUCGGCGCAAAACAGUCCAAGAUGGUCCGUUCGACCCUCCAGGAAGUCCCUUUUGGAUAAGACAGAGAAUGCUUCGGAGACGGCGGCGACAGAUCAAAACGGUGAAUCCAUUCUUAAUCAGCUCAAGAAAGAGGUUCGCUUGGACAAGAAGUCACUGAUUGAUUUGUACAUGGAGCUAGAUGAAGAGAGGAAUGCUUCAGCCGUUGCAGCUAACAAUGCAAUGGCUAUGAUCACAAGGCUUCAAGCAGAGAAAGCUGCUGUUCAAAUGGAGGCGUUGCAGUACCAAAGAAUGAUGGAUGAGCAAGCAGAGUAUGACCAAGAAGCUUUACAGUCUAUGAAUAGUGAGUUGUUGAAGAGGGAAGAGGAAAUGAAGGAGCUUGAAGCUGAGUUUGAGGCUUACAGAGAGAGGUAUGGUUGUUUAACAGACGAUGACGCAUCAAGAGAAGGGUUUCUUGAAGAAAACGGCAAUGUUAGUGAAGGAGAAGUUAUUUCUUCUUCAAACCAUGAGGAGAAUGGAGUUAAGAUUUACCAAAAUGGAUCUCAUAACCCACAAAUGAAAAGUUCAGAGGAGUCUACAGCGGAAAAUGAUCUCUCCACGGAGGAAGAAAAAGAAAAUGAAAGUAAAGAAGGGAUAGUAAAAGAGCUUUCAGCUAUCACAGAGAGGCUAAGUGAGCUUCAAUCAAAUGGUGAACUGUUGAAACAUAUUGCAGAACAUUUAGAUGUUAGUGAAGGAGAAGCGAUGCUAUUGCAGAUAUCUCAGAAUCUGCACAUGCUUCGUAGUUUUGUUGCUAUGCCUUCAGAAUCCAUGAACUUAGUUUUCAUCCUCCUUACACUCUCCAUCACUCUCUCGGCCUUAAACCCUAGCCCAUUACAAGACUUCUGCGUAGCUGAUCUCCAAGCUUCCCCAACCAAGUAUGGAUUCCCAUGCAAAUCACAUGUCACCUCUGAAGACUUCUUCUUCUCCGGCUUGAACAUUCCACUCAACAUUUCGAACCCUAGAGGUCUAGCCGCUAACGUGGCAAACGUCAUGACGUUUCCAGGACUACACAUGAUGGGAAUAUCCAUGUACAACGUCGCAGUCGCAGCUGGAGCAGCUAACUCGCCUCACACGCACCCUGGUGCGACCGAGGCAGGAUUCAUCCUCGAAGGCUCGGUCUUGAUUGGGUUCUUGACGACUAACUACACGUUGUACCAAAAGGUUGUUGGACCAGGUGAUAUGUUUGUGGUUCCUCCGGGACUCAUUCACUACGAGUGGAACGUUGGGAAAAUGGAAGCGAGGUUUCUGGCGCUGGUGACUCAUGAGGCGCCUAGCGAGGUUGUUGUUCCAAACACUCUGUUUGUUGCGGAACCCGCGAUUCCAGACGAGGUUUUGAUGAAGGCGUUUAAGAUGAAUGAUGCUAAAACAAUCGACAUGCUCAAGUCAAAGUUUACUACUACGUAA